AUGGCUCUUAGUCUAACUGUUGAUGAUGUCUCUUCCAUUUCAGAGGAAAAGGAUGUGUGGAGAGUUACUGUGAAGGUGGUGCGGAAGUGGAUGACUCCAAGUUUCGAUCGCUCAAAACUUCCUAAUUCGAUGGAGUUGGUUUUAAUGGAUGCAAAGGGUGAUAGGAUCCAUGGCACAGUGCAAAGGACUCAUGUUUAUAAGUUUAAUCCUUUGUUAGUUGAGGGUCGAGUAUACAUGUUUUCACAUUUCAGUGUUGGUGAUAGCCCUCUGGAUUUUCGUACAACGACACAUGCUCACAAAAUAAUCUUUGGGUUUGAUUCGGUUGUUCAAACCUUAACCGACGUUCCCAUCACUAAGAGUCCUUAUUCAUUUGUUUCUGUUUAUGAUAUCAUGUUCAAUGAUCCAGAUCAGACACUGUUAUUCGAAAACAGAGUGAAGGUUGAGUGUGCAUUUUUUGGAACCUCUGUCCAAGAGCUACUCUCUGUUUUAUCUUCACGCGAUCUGACCGGCGUUGUGGUUUUAAUCCAGUUUGCAAAAAUCAAGCCUUUUAGAGGUCAACAAAGCCUGCAAAAUGCAUAUGGUGCAACACAAAUCCUCUUUAAUCCUGAGAUUUCUGAAGCUACUGCUGUGAGGGACAAGUUUUUCGAGAUGAAUGAACCUGGAUCUCAGAUUCUUACUCAACUGUCCGACUCUUCAAAACCUUCCCUUGAUGAAGAGUUCUUAAAACUCUCAGAGAUGAAAACUUUCGAGCAGAUCAGAGCCAUGGAUGAGAAGUCAUGCUGUGUUGUGUUAGGGACCAUCAUACAAAUACCUGAGGGGAAUAAUUGGUGGUACAAAGCUUGCAAGUGCAAUAAAAAAGUUAUUUGGGAUGAGAAAAUGUAUUUCUGUGAUAACUGUAACCUCAAAGUAAAGCAGGGUAAUGACAUUGCUACAUUGGUCAUAUUUGACAAAGAAGCGAGUGCUCUUCUUGAAACUACCUGUGCUGACUUGGUUGAUUCGUCAACAAAGAAUCCUGCUGGCUCUGGCUCUACAACUCCUGCUGAAUUACUUAAGUUAUUGGAAAAGACCUUUCUCUUUACGAUUGAAGUUAGCAACACUUCAAGCUCCAGGUUUGAGCCAUCAUAUCGUGUCAAGAAAAUUUGUGCAGACCCCGACUUAAUUGCUCAAUUCAAGGAAGCUCUCCCUCCUCCUAAUGACGACACUGCUCCAUUGUUGUUGCUAGAAACACCUACAUCUGAUGAGAGUGUUGAAAACGCGAGUUCCAGUUUGGCCAAGGAUCUUAAUGAAGAGUUUGUUGUUGUUGCCAGUGGUGAUGUUGUUGAUCUGGUGACAAACAAUGUUGUUGAUCCUAACAUAGAAAAAGAAGAAGUACCCCCAUGCAAGGGGAGCACUCACUCGGAGAAUGAAGGAGUUGGUUCAGCUAAUAACAAGAAGAAGCUGAUCAAGAAGAUUAAGAAGGAGAAGAAUUGA